GAUUGCUAAAACGCGGCCAACCCGAUACGUUCGGACCCGACAUACAAUACCUGGUUUUCCCACAAAACAGUAAAAUCAGAAAAUUAGGUUAGCAAAAUUCGAUACACAAAUCAAUUCUCCCCUCAUCGAAAAUGGCAGCAUCUACUAGUGGCGGUGCUUACAGAUCCAGGUUUAAUAUCCAUGUAUAGACAAGGAUUAUCAACGAGAUCAGUAGCGAGCAGUUCCGAUGAGAUUCAAUUGCGUAUCGAUCCUAUGCAAGCUGAUUUCGAUGACGAGAUCUCUGGCCUUCGUGGCCAAGUUAGACAGCUCAGAAAUGUUGCUCAGGAGAUCCAUUCAGAAGCAAAAUUUCAGAAUGAUGCUAUUAACCAGCUGCAAAUGCUUCUUAUUAAAGCUCAAGCCGGAGUGAAGAACAAUGUGAGGAAAUUGAACAAGAGUAUUGUCCAGAGCGGGUCUAGUCAUGUUGUGCAUGUGAUUCUCUUCGCCCUAGUUUUGUUUUUUGUAGUCUACAUGAUAUCCAAAGUUUCACGUAAAUGAGAUAAAGUGAAUCAAACAUAAUGUACUUCUGCUGCUGAAACUUCUGUAAAUAGAUACAAGAAGAUUACAAUUUCAAAACUUUACUAAGGAGGUGAAGCUGAUGUAGUUGAGCUUCAUGACCUUUGUUCUCUUUGGCUUGAUUGUUCUUGAGUCUGUCCCAGUUUGAGACUCCA